AAAAGGAAUCAUGCAAGGCAGAGGAAACUUUGAUUAGUGAAUGCCAAAGAUUUUUGGAUCGCAUUGUAUGUAUCUUAGGGAUCAACCAUAUGCAAAGCAUUUUGUUGUAGACAAAUAUUUUUACCCAAUUCUAAUUGGAUUGAAGAAAGAAACCUUGGCUCAUUCCAUCAAAAGGAAGAUGAAAGAAACUUCGGCCCAUAACGGGUAAAAAGGCUUGCUAUCACUAUUUUCAAAAGAGAACGUUGAGAAUUGAGAUGCUUCAUGUUUUUUUUUUCGAAGAAGAAAUAAAUGGAGACAAUAUUUUUUGACAAUAUGAUGUCCAAAAUUAAAGAAUUUAAUCAUCUAAUCCACAACCACAAGCAAUAAAAUCCCCACCACAUCUCAAUUCUCGUCUCAUCCAAAAAAUCCAAAUGGCAGCAAUGCUCUUCACUUUCUCAUCGCCUUCGGCUUUCCCUUCUACUUUCCACUCUUCUUCGACAACUCUCAAACACUUUUCUUCUUUCACUGCUAAACCAACACUUUCCAUCCACCUUACAAAGAAACCCAUAUCUCUUUCAGCUACUUCUCUUCACUCACCAGCAACUGAUGACCCUCCACCAGAGGUCCAAACCUUCUGGCAAUGGCUCUGUGACCAGGGUGUAAUCUCUGCCAAGUCUCCUGUAAAGCCUGGAAUGGUCCCUGAAGGAUUUGGACUCAUUGCAAAAAAAGAUAUUUCCAGGAAUGAGGUUGUCUUGGAGAUUCCUAACCGGUUUUGGAUAAACCAGGAUGCAGUUGCAGCUUCUGAGAUUGGAAGUGUGUGUAGUGGAUUGAAACCUUGGGAGUCUGUAGCUUUGUUCUUGAUCAGGGAGAAGUUGAGGGAAGAUUCUAAAUGGCGGGUUUAUCUUGAUAUACUUCCAGAGUUAACAAAUUCAACUGUGUUUUGGUCAGAAGAGGAGCUUGCUGAGCUUCAAGGCACUCAACUCUUGAGCACAACAUUGGGAGUGAAAGAAUAUGUGCGGAACGAAUUCUUGAAAGUAGAAGAAGAAAUCAUCCUCGCUAACAAGCAGCUAUUUCCUGCUCCAAUAACAUUGGAUGAUUUCUUCUGGGCAUUUGGGAUUCUCAGAUCAAGGGCAUUUUCCCGCCUUCGUGGUCAAAAUCUUGUUUUGAUACCUCUUGCAGACUUGAUCAACCACAGCCCUAGCAUUACUACAGAAGAUUAUGCAUGGGAGAUUAAAGGCGCUGGACUUUUCUCUAGGGAUCUCCUUUUUUCUUUGCGGUCUCCUGUUUCUGUCAAGGCAGGAGAGCAGGUUUUGAUUCAAUACGAUUUAAACAAGAGUAAUGCUGAGUUAGCACUCGAUUAUGGAUUCGUAGAAUCAAAGUCAGAGCGCAAUGCUUAUACAUUAACGUUGGAGAUACCAGAGUCAGACCCAUUUUUUGGAGACAAGCUCGACAUUGCUGAGACCAAUGGUUUGGGUGAGACUGCCUAUUUUGACAUUGUUUUGGAUCAGCCGCUUCCACCAGGACUGAUUCCAUAUCUACGACUGGUGGCACUAGGGGGAACAGAUGCUUUCCUCUUGGAAUCUAUUUUUAGAAACACAGUUUGGGGCCACCUUGAUUUACCUGUAAGUCGUGCCAAUGAAGAGCUCAUAUGUCGGGUUGUCCGUGAUGCCUGCAAAUCUGCUCUCUCUGGCUAUCAUACCACCAUUGAAGAGGAUGAAAAGCUGAUGGAAGGGGGCAAUCUAGAUCCAAGGCUGGAAAUUGCUGUGGGAAUAAGAGAAGGGGAAAAGAAGGUGCUGCAGCAAAUUGAUGAGAUCUUUAAGGAAAGGGAAUCAGAAUUGGAUGAGUUGGAAUAUUACCAAGAAAGGAGGCUCAAAGAUCUUGGUCUAGUUGGAGAGCAAGGUGAAAUAAUCUUUUGGGAGACCAACUAGGACUUGUCAAAGUAUCAACACCCAUGUGUUAAGAUUGAGGCAACUAUUGAUGGCAACUCCAAAACAUCCGAACUGUUAUUAUUUAGCUGGCACACCUUUUUCAGAUUGAGCAAGAACAGAUGAUAAUACAACCAACAGAUGCUUCAAUCUUCUACCAGGAUUUAUGCCACUCCUUUUAUCAGUCAUCCACUUGAGCUAUAUUUAUUUCAUAACAAUUUAAUAUUGUAAUUUGCUUGUAGUUAGUCUGCUGAAAAUAAGAAUUGGAUGGAGUUGAACUUAAUCGUGUCUCAUGC